AUGGAUUUUGCCCCACCGCCUAUCAUCGCAGAGAUGCAAGCGAUGAAGGAGCAAAUGGAGGUCAUGAUGAAUGCCCUCAAGGGACGAGUAUCUUCUGAUCUUGACGAUUUAGUGAACAGAACUGACUCACCAUUCACCACGUCCGUCAAUUCACUCCCCCUGCCACCAAAGUUCCGAAUGCCCCAGAUCGAAAGCUACGACGGGGUCAAGGACCCCCUCGAUCAUCUAGAGACCUUCAAGACCCUGAUGCACCUUCAGGGGGUACUAGACGAAAUCAUGUGUAGGGCGUUCCCGACCACGCUGAAGAGGCCUGCGAGGGUUUGGUUCAACAGGUUGACACCAAACUCCAUCAAUACUUUCAAGGAGUUGAGCGCCCAAUUCACCUCACACUUCAUAGGCGGACAUCGGUACAAAAGGUCCACCGCGUGCUUGAUGAGCAUCAAGCAGCGAGAAGACGAGACACUGCGGGCCUACAUAACUCAUUUCAACAAAGAAGCCCUUUUGAUUGACGAAAUAGAUGAUAAGAUAUUCGUAGCCGCAUUUACUAGCGGGCUACGGAAGGGUAAGUUCUUAUUUUCCUUGCACAAGAAUGAUCCAAAAACCAUGACGGACGUUCUCUACAGGACUACCAAGUACAUGAAUGCAGAAGAUGCAUUGCUAGCCCACGAGGAAAAGCCUAAGAAGAGGGAGAGGCAGGAGGACAUGCAACAGGAUAGGGGCGAAAGGUCGCUAGAACCGGGGAUCAACGUGAUGAAAAACGCUCCAGACCCCCCACUGGAAGAUUCACCAAUUUCACCUUGUUAA